UCACCGAAGGAUUCACACAGGGGAAAAGCCCUACCAGUGUCUGGAGUGUGGGAUGGGUUUCAGCUGGAGAUUCAGCUUUCGGUUGCAUCAAAGAAUCCACACCGGAGAGAAGCCCUAUCCGUGCUCAGAAUGUGGGCAAAACUUCCGCCGAACGGCUGACCUGAGAAGGCACCAGAGGACGCACACUGGAGAGAAGCCGCAUAAAUGCUUAGACUGUGGGAAGAGCUUCAUUCGGAUGGCGCACCUGAAAAGUCACCAAAGAAUCCACACAGGGGAGAAACCUUACAAAUGUGCAGAGUGUGGGAAGCACUUUGGCUGGAGAUUUAGCUUUGGGGUCCAUCAGAGGAUCCACACGGGGGAGAAGCCCUACAAAUGCUCGGAAUGUGGGAAAGAAUUCAGAUGCAACAACGAACUUUACUCCCAUCAAAAACUUCACACCGGGGAGAAGCCCUGCGAGUGCGCUGAGUGCGGUAGGACUUUCCGCCUGCGCUCCUCUCUCAAGAGGCACCAACACGUCCACACAGGCGAGAAGCCCUAUAUGUGCCCCACAUGUGGAAAAACCUUCAGUGUGAGAAGAAACCUGAGGCUGCAUCAGCGAAUCCACACGGGGGAACAGCCCUAUCAAUGCUCCGAUUGCGGUCGGAGCUUCAGUUACAGCACCACCCUUAAAAGGCACCACCGCAUUCACACCGGGGAGAAGCCGUACCAAUGCUCCGAGUGCGGGAUGAACUUCAGGCACACCACCCACCUGAAGAACCAUCAGAGAAUACACACGGGGGAGAAGCCUUUCAAAUGCUUGGUCUGUGGGAUGGGCUUCAGCCGGAACUUCAGCUUCCGAUUGCAUCAGAGGGUCCACACGGGGGAGAAGCCCCACGAAUGUGCCGAGUGUGGCAAGAGCUUCAUUCGGAUCGCGCACCUGAAGAGCCAUCAGAUAACUCACUCUGGGGAGAAGCCCUAUAAAUGCCCCGAGUGUGGGAAGGUCUUUAGUCGGAGCACCGGUCUGCAAAAUCACCAGAGGAUCCACACCGGGGAGAAGCCGUAUAAAUGCUCGGAGUGCGCCAAGCAAUUCAGAUGCAGCUCCCAUCUUUACUCGCACCGAAGCGUCCACUCGGGUGAGAAGCCCCACGGGUGUGCCGAAUGUGGCAAGAGCUUCAGCCGACGCUCCACCCUUAAAAGGCACCAGAGAGUUCACCUAGGACAAGAGCUAAACAAGUGCUCGGAGUGCGGAAAGACCUUCAUUCAGAGCAAACACCUUGAGUCGCAUCGAAGAAUUCACGCCGGGCAAAAGUUCUAUGAAUGUUUAAACUGCGGAAAGUGCUUCCGGCACAAAGCAAGCUUGAAAUGGCAUGAAAGAACUCACACGGGAGAGAAGCCCUACAAAUGUCCAGCCUGCGGUAGGAGCUUCAUUCGACUCUCGCACCUUAAAAGCCAUCAAAGAAUCCACACGGAGGAGAAACCCCAUAAAUGCUUGCACUGCAGGAGGAGUUUCAGGCACAGGACCACGCUCGUGACACAUCAGAGGAUCCAUACGGGGAAGAAGCCCUACAAAUGCUCUGUGUGUGGGAAAAGCUUCAGCAACUGCACCCACCUGAAAAAUCACCGAAGGAUUCACACAGGGGAAAAGCCCUACCAGUGUCUGGAGUGUGGGAUGGGUUUCAGCUGGAGAUUCAGCUUUCGGUUGCAUCAAAGAAUCCACACCGGAGAGAAGCCCUAUCCGUGCUCAGAAUGUGGGCAAAACUUCCGCCGAACGGCUGACCUGAGAAGGCACCAGAGGACCCACACUGGAGAGAAGCCGCAUAAAUGCUUAGACUGUGGGAAGAGCUUCAUUCGGAUGGCGCACCUGAAAAGUCACCAAAGAAUCCACACAGGGGAGAAACCUUACAAAUGUGCAGAGUGUGGGAAGCACUUUGGCUGGAGAUUUAGCUUUGGGGUCCAUCAGAGGAUCCACACGGGGGAGAAGCCCUACAAAUGCUCGGAAUGUGGGAAAGAAUUCAGAUGCAACAACGAACUUUACUCCCAUCAAAAACUUCACACCGGGGAGAAGCCCUGCGAGUGCGCUGAGUGCGGUAGGACUUUCCGCCUGCGCUCCUCUCUCAAGAGGCACCAACACGUCCACACAGGCGAGAAGCCCUAUAUGUGCCCCACAUGUGGAAAAACCUUCAGUGUGAGAAGAAACCUGAGGCUGCAUCAGCGAAUCCACACGGGGGAACAGCCCUAUCAAUGCUCCGAUUGCGGUCGGAGCUUCAGUUACAGCACCACCCUUAAAAGGCACCACCGCAUUCACACCGGGGAGAAGCCGUACCAAUGCUCCGAGUGCGGGAUGAACUUCAGGCACACCACCCACCUGAAGAACCAUCAGAGAAUACACACGGGGGAGAAGCCUUUCAAAUGCUUGGUCUGUGGGAUGGGCUUCAGCCGGAACUUCAGCUUCCGAUUGCAUCAGAGGGUCCACACGGGGGAGAAGCCCCACGAAUGUGCCGAGUGUGGCAAGAGCUUCAUUCGGAUCGCGCACCUGAAGAGCCAUCAGAUAACUCACUCUGGGGAGAAGCCCUAUAAAUGCCCCGAGUGUGGGAAGGUCUUUAGUCGGAGCACCGGUCUGCAAAAUCACCAGAGGAUCCACACCGGGGAGAAGCCGUAUAAAUGCUCGGAGUGCGCCAAGCAAUUCAGAUGCAGCUCCCAUCUUUACUCGCACCGAAGCGUCCACUCGGGUGAGAAGCCCCACGGGUGUGCCGAAUGUGGCAAGAGCUUCAGCCGACGCUCCACCCUUAAAAGGCACCAGAGAGUUCACCUAGGACAAGCCCUCAAGAUGCCUGGCGUGUGGGAGGACCUUCAACUGGAGAUACAGAUUUAGAAAGCAUCAAAUAAUAGUAAUCUUAGGACUGCAGAAUUGGAAGGGGCCCUAUGGAUCAUCAAGUCCAGCCUCUCAGGGAGGCACUGUGGGGAAUUAGAAGUCCCAGCCUCGGGCUCCACAGUCAGAUACCUAAACUAGAGAUGGGUGCUUUGUGCACCUGACAGCUUCCUAUGAAGCUGUCAGUGUGGCACCACAGGUGACACACGGACUUUCUCCCCAUCCCUUGGGCUGGCUGGGCCACUUUCCUGUUGUCGCUGGGAGUCGUCUUCUCCAGUGGCGUGCCAAUCUGGGCAGGAACCUGGCUAGCACUUCUCCACCUCCUCAGGCAGCAGACCGCUCCUCGGCUGCACAGGGAGAAUCAAGAGUGGUUGAUGGAAUGGUCAGCUGCUGGAGGAGGUGGAGAAAAGCAGCCCAAGCUACUGCUCGGAUUGCUGCGCCGCUGGAGCAAGAGACCCCCAGUGACACACGAGAGCAGGUAUGUAAGUAGCCCAGCCGGCCCAAGGGGUGGGGAGAAGGUCUGUGUAGCACUCAUGGUGCCGCACUGACAGCUCCAUAGGACAUAAACUACUGAGCUAUCCAGCAGUUCUCCAGAAUCCACAAUCCACACAGAGGACAAAAUGUUCAGUGUAUGGAAGGAACUUUCCCUUGAACUUUGGAUUGGGUCAAAGAAUCCACACAGAGAAGAAGCCGCACCAGUUCUGACUUGGCUUCUCACAUCUAAGGGGUCCAGCAGGGGAGAAGAGCUGUAGAUGUGCGGAAGGGAGAAAGAGCGUCAACCAGUGCUCAGACCAUCUGAGACAUCAUAGAAUUCAAGCAAGAGGAGAAGCAAGGGCCAUCAAAGAAACCCAGAGAGAUCCUGAGUCCUGUAGGUUAUGGGAUUCUGUUAAUAGCCUCAUUUUGGAGAAGUUUCAGAUCCCAAGACAGAAAGGCGGUAGUGGUUGCUGCUGGAUAAGGUCGAGUACAGACAUGGUAGACUAGAAACAAAUUGUUGUGUGUCAAUUGUGGUUGUUACCAAUCAAUUUGCAUAAGGGUAUACAGUGGUGUCUCGCUUUACAAUUGCCCCAUUUAACGACGA